GGAGGGGGAGGAGUUUGUCCUGGCAACCAGGUCGAGGCCGGCUUCGUUUGCUCAGGGGAGGGGUGCACCGAACACGGUGACGAACCUGAGAAUUACCCCAGUCGACCAAUUUCGGACGCUUCUUCUGCUUGCUCAAAAAGCGACCAUUCUUUUCAAAGGACUUCAAACAAUGCCAGUUUCAGUCCCAGUCCUACGCCUUCACACGCUAGCCCCUCGCACAAUCACCCUCACCCACAGCAUCAUCAGCCAACCGCCUCUUAUCGUGGCCAGUCACCGCUUCAACAACACCAUCAGUUUAACUUCAACUCUCCGCAAGAGUAUCUGCUAAAUCACCGCCGUGUUUACCAAUCGAACCCAGCGUCUUCUCUUAGUCUUUCUGGAAUCAGUCCGUGCUCCUCUCCCACACCUGGAACCAACAACGGACAACAUCCACAGUUUCAGAACCCUCUUCCAGGGUACGAUUCCUCGUCGUCGGCAGUUAGUCCCGUUGUUUCCGGCAACGUUAAUAAUUUCGGAUAUCCGACUUCUCAGUUCGCCAACGUCGGCAGUGGAUCCGGUCGUUACUCUAAUCACAGCAAGCAGCCUUCUUUACCGAACGCCACAGCACCGUUGUCUGUGUCGAGUUCAGCUGCUCCGGGAUCAGUGAGUCAGUACCAACUGUCAGAAUUGGUAUCUUUAGCCUACUCGCAGGGGAGCGGGGCUUUGGGUAUCAACAGUCAUAACAUCACAGGAACUGCAACUGUUCCUUCUAGGGUCAGGGUCACUCCUAGGAGGUCGGUGUCCGCUUACAGAAUGGCAGUGGCUAAUGCGUCUUCUCAAAACAGCAACAGUAGUCACGGAUCCAUGUCAUCACAGACGAACAAGGAAUUACUCAAAAUCCUGGCCGAGGUGUUUCGCAUCGGACCCGAGAAGCAACUUCAGUCCGACACGUCUCCUUUUGCGCCUUUGGGGUCAUCAGGGUCAAAUGGUGACUCAUCGUCUGGACCCGAGUGGGACAAAGUGUCAGAAAGUCUGACCCCAAUCAGUGUGGUUUUGAUGGAAGAAACACCUGUUUGUGUACUACAUGUGACUGGCAUCACUUUCCCAGACAAGAAGAUACUGGACAGCAAAGUGUUCUCACCAGGCACCAAAAUCACCCGCACUACAAAUUGUUUUGUCCAGUGGUCAGAUCGGACAAAAGGUGGGCUCUGGGGUCUCAAUUUCAUCUCGGAAAAAGACGCUCUCCGUUUCGUCACCUGCUGCUCGCCUCAAGCUGAGUCACCAACGAGAGUUCCCAACAACCCCAAUGCACACUCAUCCCUCUACCCCUCAAACACGACAGGACAGGCAGGCAGUGGAUACAACCCCAAUCAGACAAACACACCCCCUAGUCCUUCAAGAAGACUGCACAAUGCAUCGCCAAAGCACCACGCACACGCACUUUCAGCCGAUUUGAACCAGUUUCGACCUUCGAGUUGUGUUCAAAUGGAGGAAUCCGUUCACAUGGUGGGAGACAUGCUGUUUAUCAAAACAAACAAUGGUAAUAACCAGAUGAACCCGAAUGACCCCUCGAACCAGAUGAUUAGUCGGCACAACAGUCGACAAUCUCCGCUAAUGGCGAACCAAGUGGCUCACUGGAACAACACUGGAAUGCCGUUUCCUCAUACAUCCUCCGGAGGGUCUUCAAGAACCCGGUCAUUGACCCCUGUAGGGGGUGCUUUGCACGGUCAUAGUCUCUCACUAAGCAGCCAAGUAGGUCAACCUUUAGGUCCACCAGGGUCCAGAUAUACAAGUCCAGUACCACCUCAGUUCUACCCUCAACCCAGUCCUAGAAGUGAUUCGCCGCUCAGCGUGUCCUCAAACGGAUCCUGUAGUCGCCACACGUGUGGAAAGCCACUCCCACCAGGGCCUCAUAGAAUGUCGAGUCCCCUGCCUCCUCCGAGUUACCUACAGCAACCAUUUCAUCAGUAUCCCUCCAAUCUUUCAAGUGAUGGUUCAUCAACACAUCUCAGUACUCAAAUGUACCCAGAAGGUCAGAGGUCAUCAUUCAACUACCAACAAGAGAACAUAUAUGGUAGCAUAAAUGUCGUACCAGGUAGUGGCGGAAACUCGCAACAAGGAAUCGCUCACACCUUUCAGGGUUACCAACCGUCCCAUGCCCAUUCUCAUAGCAACACUAGUACAGACAAUCACAGAGCGUUCUCCCCUGAUCAAUUACCGCCUCCAAAUAUGAUGUAUGAUCCUCACAAUUUUCAGGACAGAUCCCAGGGUCACUCUCAAAAUCAUCGUCGCAAAGGGUCUGAAGGCAAUUCAGUCGGCAUGACAAUUCCACCUCACCUUGGUCCACUUCAAACUUCAGCUCCAGCCGAAGGCGCAGGGUCUCCGUUUCUGCCUAGAGGUCUAAAGGGCGAGCAAAAAAUGGCGCCCAGUAACCCGAAGCAAAAUAUGUCAAGUGAAGACGCCGUUGUCUAUUCAGAGCUGUUUGCUAUAAUGAAAUCAAGCAAAGACAGCAGACAUAGUCCUUGCUCUACAGGUCCGUCGAAUACAUUAGAAAGAGCUAGCCGGAAUAACCACCCAAUAUUACCCCCGAGAAUCCCAACAUCCUACCCUUAUGCCGCCUUGCCAUCUGGUUACCCUAGUAACGCCAUUGACCCGGAUCUCUUAAGUCUCAACGACGGAGAGUCUGGCUUAGAACCCGAAGCAUCAAGACUUAAAAAUGCCAACUCCAAGAAUCCUAAAAGUGCGGUUGAAAGUUUCGGAGGUAUUCCAAUGUUGGAAGAUUCAAAGCAAGAACAAGAACCGAGUCCAGAUACCGACUCGCCAGACUUCAAUGAUGAUCUGCCCCCGCCGACUCAUGAGCAGAUAGCUGCUCAUGAGCAAAUUUUCUACCCCCGUAAUCACAACAUGCUGCAAAUGAACCCUGAUGCAAAAUACAUGAACUUGAACAUCCAGCCAAUAACUUCACAAUCUUCGGCUUCAGGUCUCAACAGGUCGGUCAUUUCUUCGGAGGGCUUCGUAUCUCCCGGCUCUGAGGUCACCCAUGUCUCCGAGGGGGGCUUCUCCACGGAGGAACUGCAGAGCAGCAAGCGGGACUCCACUGUGAGUCAGACCGACAGUGGAUUCGAAGGUCACCAUGGAGCUGUUUUGUCGGCUGCUGGAUCUGACAACCAGUUCGCUAGCUCCAGCAACAGUCAAGCAGGUGUCCCCAAUGGAGGAGGAGGAGGUAGUGCUACAGACAGGAAGGCCAGCAAUAGUUCGGGGGGAUCCCACCCGGCCAUAAACAAAAGACAGAGCAAUCCUCUAGUGACUGGCCAAGGGGGUCCAUUACAUAAUGCGCAAAUGCAGGGAACAAACAAAAACAUCAACAAUACGAAUAGCAUCAGCUCGCCUGCUAAAUCAAAUGCCAGUGACUCCUCCCCGAGCAUUACGUCACACAAGAAGACAUCUCAAUCGUCGCACCCCCAACUACACAGCAGCCAAGGAUUCAAGGGGGAUCCCCACUUGACACAAGAUUUAGGGGACGUUGACAUUUUGGCCUGUGCAACUAGGAGACCCGAUUCGUCUUGCGGGGGUUCGGAAAAGGGAAGUGAUAUGCGAAGCGCUACUGGAAGCACUGGACAUAAAGGGUCGGCACCGAACAUUUCUCACGGACUAGUUCACGGCAGUCAUCAGGGAGGAGGGGAUAACUCUAAUUGCCUGAGCAAAGUGGGGCCAGUGGGUGGUUCCAGCGGUGGCUCUGGAUCUGUAGUGGUGGCAGAUGGCACAUUCUUCCACUCCUCCUCUGGUGCUGCUUCACUGGACAACCUCACUGACUGUUCCUCCUCUAAUCGCAGCCAGGGUUCCUCUACCCAAUCCAAGGGAGACAGAGAGGGGGCAAAUCAUCAGGAGGUGGAGGAUGACACUGUGCGAAGCUUCGUUGAUUGCAAUGAGAGUUUGUCGGAAGACAACCAGUCAGAGUCGAGUGAGAUCAGCAGACACCUGGGACUGGGAGGAGUCGGUUCCACUCAUGCUCACACUGGGAUCCCCUUGCCUGCUUUGCUGGACCAACUCAGCUCAGAUGCGGAACUACUCGGCAUCCGAUCGCCUCCCCGAACCACCGCCCGUGGAGGUCAUCAAGGAGACAAGGGUGCUUCGGGCAAUCAAAAUGAAGGCGAGGGGGAGGAGGAUAACUGCGUGGAUCCGACAGAUGCGACCUUCAGACGAUUUGGUGUGACUCGAAAGGCUGGUUGGCUCGAGAUAAAACAUGUCCUCUUCUUAAAUUCAAAGAAGAAGAAGUUGGAGACGGCGCCCAAGAGGAAAUGGAGGAGGUACUGGGCGUGUCUGAAGGGACACUCGCUCCUCUUCUACUCUGUGCAGACAGAGCUUCCCAACAUAGAUGAGAACUCCGUCCCAGAACUAGUACUAGGAAUUGAGAACUCGAUUGCGCAGCCGAUUCCGGAGCACCCGAAGAGGGAGAACGUCUUCUCUCUCAGCACUUUUCACGGCAACGUCUACCUCUGUGAAGCUCAGUCUCCCGCCGAACUCGACAACUGGAUCUCGGCCGUGCACUCCUCCUGUGCAAAUGCGAUUGUGAUGCGUCGUCAGCAGCAGUCACCAUCUACCCCCCUGGAUAGCAGUAAUGGGGGAGGGGGAGGCAGUAGCGUGGGCGUCGUGGGGGAGGAGGUUCUCAAGGUUGAACAGCAAGUGGACAUGGACCUGAAGAUGAAGAAGAUGGCGGAACUGCAGCUGAGUAUCAUGAGUGACCCCAGAAGCAGACACACUGUGGCCUCUCAGAUAGCCCAGUGGGAACAGAACCUGGAACAGCUGCACUGUCAUCUUUACAGAUUGAAGUGCUACGCGGCCUCGUUGAGUGGGAGUGAGUUGCCCAACCCCCGCACCCUCCUCUCAGCCGUAUCCAAGGACACCAAGGCCCAACUGUCUCGCCUCAGCGUCUUCUCAGCUUCAUCUGUUCAUGCCAUGCUGUCUGGAAAAACUUCGCUGGAGAUGAAUCACAGCAAGGACUCCAUGGUGAACUCAGGAGGAGGCAGUGGUUCCUUAGAAAGAGGGAGGAGGAAGAUGUACCACCAGCCCCUCAGUCGCAGCAGCCAGCAGAAUCAGAACCAGCACCACUCAGCCAACAGCCAGAACUCGGGUAACAGUCGAGAAGUUUCAUCGUCUGGUGACAGUCCGCACCAGUCGUCGGAAAAUCAGAACUCAGCUCAAUUGUCGUCCAAUAGGAACAGUGGGCAAAGGGGGGACUACUCGAAGGGACCAGGGGCAUCAUCUGCAGAUCCCAGUCCGGAUCCGACUAACGUCCGAACUCAACCGACGACAUCCCUACACAACAAUUGCAAUAGCUCGGCUAACUGGAGCACCGGAGCAGGAAGCUCUGGAAAGGGUAAACUAGCCCGUGUGUUUCUCCCCCACAACCAGAAAACUGUGGAAGCAGUGCACCCUCAAAUGAGUGUGAACGAACUGCUCCUCCGCUGUUGUCGCAAGAGAAGACUGGACCCCAGAGAUCACUUCAUCCGCAUCCGGGCUCCGGACAGGACUUGGGUGAUCCCGUCGCCCAAAGUAAGCCUGGACAGUCUGAACUGUCAGGACAUUGAAGUGUGCAUCAAAGAGUACCAUGCAGUGACCCUGAGUCGAAACAGGGGCGAGAGAUUCGGAAUUGAAUACGAGACUGUUGAGGAACACUUGCCAAUCACAACCAACAAUGUAAACAGUUCCUCUGUGACGACCCCUUCCCCCUCAGCCACCAUUGGGGUUCCAAGACUCUUCGUACGAGACAUCCUCCCUGGAUCUAUUGCACAGAAUGGAGGAAUGGAGGCUGGCGAUGAAGUGUUGCAAAUCAAUGGCCAACUAGUGAGCAGACAGAGUGGUCCCACUGUUGACAGUCUCCUCAAAGUGGAUACUCUCCAUCUGGUGAUCAGAUCCCUCCGACCAUCCACCGCCCCCUGUCCCCAGUGCAAGACGGAACACCUGGAGCCAGAUGGACCCAACGUGUUCCACUUCAAGAGAUCUUCCUUCUACGGCGAGGACUCUCUCGGCCAGGAUCCACAAACUGGUUCAUCAGGCGGGCCCACCUCCAAUGCCAACAACAACGACAUCAAGCGCAAAUCAGGCAUGAGCGACCAGUCCAACCACAGCAGCAGUGGAAUCGCAUCCGCUUGUGCCUCCGGACCUAGCUCAGGUGCCGGAUCCACUGCCAGUGCCUCCGGAAUCACGACUUCAGGCGGUGCUGACUCCUCAACCCUAACUGGGACAGGGAGCGGGACAAACAACGGGAGUGCUUCUGGUGGCGGGGGAGGGGCUGGAAGCACGAUGAAAGACGCCACCCGACUUGGAUGCCUCAUUCAGGAGCUCAUAGUCACGGAACAGAACUACAUAAAGGAUCUGCAGUUCUUGAUUGAGACGUACCUGGAACCCCUGCUUCAAUGUAGUUUCCUCAUCGACAUCGAGGUGGAAGCUGUGACUAGCAACGUGGAAGAGAUCCUCUCGUACCAGCAGAAGUUCUGCUCCGAACUCGCUGGAGCUGUGGAGUUGGAGCCCCAAUUCACCUCCUAUCAGCAAAUCCCCCAGUUCAAAUCCAUCCUCAUCAAACUCAGCAACGCUUUCAAGAGUCACACUGACCACUUCAAACUUUACAGUGCUUUCUGUGCCAAUCACAGCAAGGCCCAGCGAGUGUUUGCUGAAGUAAAAGAUGUGCCGGAAUUCCGAGACAUGUUGGACGAAAAGAACCCAGCACAGGAACACAGUCGAAGUCUAGAGUCCUUCCUGAUCAAACCAAUCCAGAGGGUGCUCAAAUACCCACUCAUCUUACGGGAGAUCAAAGCCAUUGUCGGUGCUCAUUCGGGUUCUGUCGGCGGGUCAUCGGAUCACCCGUCGGAAGGCGGAGGAGCGGGUAGUGUUGGAGUUGCAGGAACCCCGGAAGGUGGGGAAAUGGCAGGGGAGUUCGAGGGUCUCAGUAGCGCAUUACGUGCGAUGGAAAGUGUCGCAGAGCACAUAAACGAUAUGAAGAGGAUCCAUGAGCAGCAUGGACCUGUGUUUGAACAACUCAUUGCAGAACAGGAAACCAAAUAUAUCCAUGAGUUACCAAUGGACGAACUGCUCAUGUACGGGAGUGCUUGCUGGGCUAACUGUCCGGAAGAGCUAGUGCCUCGGAAGAUGCGCAACAGCGGAACUGGUUCAGCCUCGGGUUCGGGAGGGGGCACGGAAGUGGAGGUGAUGAUGUUUGUUUUUAAAAGGGCAGUCGUCAUGCUCCCUGGACCCCAACUGAACGGAAACCAACAUGGGGGUAAGGAGAAACAAAAGAAACGUCGGCUGACCCUCCCAGGCCCUGAGAAGAACAAAUCUGGUUCCGGAAAUGGUGCCGGAGGGGCGGACGGAGAGUGUAGCAAAGUGCGUGCUCUAAUACCAGUGGGUACCAUCAGUCUCUGUAAGGAAAAGAAGGACACUCCAAGUGAGGGAUCCAAAAAGUUCCUCUGGGAACUUAUCUCGAGUCGAACUGAGUUCCACAUGUGCAAGAACCAGCACUUCCAGAUGUUAAGUCGAAGUAACGAGACGAGAAGACAGUUCGUACGUGCAAUCGUGAGAUGUGUGCAUGACUUGAUGAAGGCACAACAGCAGUCUUCUAGGAAUCCGUCGACUGUUGGUGGAAACACGGGAGCAGGUCUCUCCAGAGCCUCGAACGAACGCCGAAUCAGAAGAUCUAACAGCCAACAUUCAACCAGAAAUGCCUACCAUCAAAACAGAGCUAGCAACGAACUGAAUAACAAAGACCAAAUUCAAAACCAGAGUCAACCUCACAGUCAGUCCGGAAGCAACCGGAACUCGGCUGAUCAUCAGGAUCAUCGGGACCCCUCUCAGAAUAAGCUAACAUUCUCGACACCUCUCGAUGCUUCCUUCAACCACAUGCACCCUUACCCACACCCAAACAAAAAUCAUCUGCAUCAUCAUCAUCAUCAAUCCCAGCCCCACCCUCAGCUAGACUUGGACUCCAUGCCUCGUGCAAUCAUCCCUACCUAUUACCCGCCUCUAAUAGAGGGUACAAACCCUCACAUCGCUAUCCCAUCACAACUAGGCAACCACCUAUUACUCUCACCUCCCGGCAGUGAUUCGUCUUACCCGACAAACUCCCCGUCCGAGCUAUGUCGCAAGACCCAAGCCGACUCUGGGGUUUUUCUCGAGGAAAGUGAACAGCACUACAUGAACACUAGUAGUCCGAAUUCCUCGUCAACCGGCGACUCAGCUCCUUUCAUCCCCCCUAGACCUAUGAGUACAGUGCCCCAUGGGGGAUUCACAUCAUCAUCAGGUGCUCAUGUGGGAUCAACGUCAACUGCAGCCGCUCUUCUGUCGCCCUCGGAGUUCCGAGCGCCGAGAUCUUACAGCCCGAGAAACAUGGUGGAUCCUCGGACCCACCAGUCGCUGCAAAAUCAUCACCCAAAUGCCUCGCAGCACUUCUCUUCGCGAACUUCGGCCGCUUAGAAAGAAAUGGGAACAGAGCCGAACUAAAGCUAUCGAACAUAUAUGUAUUUUGGGUCUGGACAAACUACAAAAAACUGAAAAUUACGCUCUUCUUACAUAAUUUUAUUUAUUUUUGUUCAAGCUAGAAAGAGGAAAAACAAGACGUUUGCAUAACAUGCUUUAACUUUCAUCAUACAUAUGACUUUCAAAGUGAAUUUCAGACCUGAGCUGAGCUCAACUGAAUUCAAUCUCAAAUUGUCUCUAAAUGGUGUCUCAAUUUUCAUUCAGUGUUCGUUUUGUGUUUUGAUGACAUUGCUUAAUUACCUUCAUUUCGACAUUUGGUUCUUAUUUUGGAAUCUUAUUUAACAAUAGAAGAAAGCUUCUCAAUUUUAAAUUACAAAUUUUCACGCAGACUCUAUUGAAUGCAUGUCGUAGUUUUAUAUAAAUCCCGUUUGUAUUAGAUGAACAGAUUCAAUUUCGAAUUUAAAAAUUGAUGUAA